ACUUUUCAAAAUCGGAAUUUCAAGGUUAUGGGUUUGUGUCAGAAGCUUGACGGUCUUUGUCAACCGAAAGCCAGAAGAUGGGUCGGAAUUACUGUUGGAAUACUGGAGCUAUUUUUUUUUGGAGGAUAUUACUACGGUUUCAAUUCCCUUAUACCAGCUUGGAAAUCAUUAGGGGUUUCUGCAUAUAAUUGUAGUAAUGCGACGAACACCUGUUUAUAUAAUGACUCUAUAUUCGGAAAUGGUUUUAUUGUUUGGAUUGUCACGCAAAAUUGUCUUAUUUCAUUCUCUGGUAUAUUCAUGGAUAAGGUUGGAUUAAGGGCUUUAAAGUUGGUAGCUAUAACCAUGUAUUUUGUUGGAACACUAUUCUUUGCCUUUAUGCAUAAGGAAACAGAACCAUUGUAUUAUAUCGCCGGUAUAUUGGUCGCUAUAGGGAGUACUUCAAAUCUUAUAUGCAAUCAGCAUAUCACUUCGAUGUUUCCCAAAUAUCGGGGGUUCGGGAUAUCUCUUCUUUCUGGUGCUUUCGAUUCCAGCACAUUAAUAGCGUUUAUACUUUCUGAAACAUAUACACAGUUUUCAUUACAGAAAUCCUUCGUUAUCAUAGCGAUUGUUUCUGUAUGUGUUGGUCUAUUCAUGGCCAUAUUUAUUUUAACCACAAGAUCAGAUGACAUGAGAAAAUUUGCAAGCAACUUUAGCGAUGCUGUAACAAGUGAGAACAAUGGUGAACAGGAGAAACUAUCUCAAGAAUGCGUCAGGGGUAAUAAUGAAAACACGCCAUCAUUGGAUAAAGAGGCAAAAAAUAUUGAAGUAUCUAGAAGAAUCAAAAUGUUAAUAGACCUCCGUUAUCAAUCCAUAAAAGAUUGUAUAAUAUCCCUACCAUUCUUGCUUAUUACAAUAUGGUUUAUGCUUGGAUUAUUUCGUUUUUCAACAUUUCUCGGGCAAUUACAACGUAUCAUAAACGAAUUGUUUCCAAACGACAUAAUAACAAUUGAUCAUCUACUGCAAAUUUCAUCAGCAUUUUCAAUGUGUGGAUUUUUAGCCGCUCCAAUUACUGGUUUCAUAAUGGAUAUAUCGCAAGCCUAUUGUAGGCGAAAAAUUAUGCAAAAUGAUUAUAGUAUAAAUGAUCAGCAUCAUAAAAAUAAAAUUUAUUAUACAUAUAUAUUUGGUUUAGCGCCUGCACUAUUUUUUAUGGCAUUUUGUGCUAUACUCAUAAGCUGUUUAAUAUUUAUACCGAAUCGUGUGGCUUAUUAUUUCUCAUUUCUGUUUUUUGUUAUGCUACGUUCAUUGUUAUUUAGUGCAUCUGUAGGCUUUUGCUUGACUGCUUUUCCUGUACAUUACUUUGGUACAGUAUGUGGUAUAUUAAAUUCAAUCGGUGGUAUAUUCAGUCUAUUACAAUAUGCAUUUCAGUAUACAAGUAGCGCAGAAAUAGCUAAUAUUAUCAUAACUAUUUGUUCUGUUGGCUUAUUUAUACCACCUGUUAUUCUGUUUAAAAUGAAAGGUCGGUAAAAUUGGGAGGAAAUCUCGAACAACAGACAUUAUUAUUCAGUGUAUGUGUGCUCUACUUUUUUUUAAAUUGAUGAUCCUCAACACAUUGUACUCUCUUAAUUUGUAUUUACUUGUUAUAUCUGUAUUUAAAAAAUGUUUCACUUAAUAAAAAAUGAGUUUAAAGAGUACUUAUCUAAUUGCAUCAAAUUAUGUAUACCUUUAAUACUACACUGGCUUUGAUCUCUUUUUGGUGCUUAUCUUUUUUCUAUCAAUAGUAGAAUUUCAAUAUUUACAUUUUCAUUUUCAUGCUUUCGCCUUAUUCUUGCUUAAUUUUUAUACAGAAGUUUUUUUGAAAAAAAAAGUGAAUAAACAGAAUAGAUUUUUUCUAUUCAAAAAUGAUUUAUGCGUGGUAGAAUCGUCUAAUUUACAGUAAUUGUAUAUAUAAACAUCAUUUCACUCAUAAUGAUGUUUCAUUAAAUAUACCCAGAAUAAAUAUACUGGAAUGUUCAUCAUUCGUUAGAGUAAUUUGCUA